CGACCACAAUCAUCUAGAGAUACACCAGAGCCACCUUACCACACUCCAUCAUCCCCAAGACCUCCUCGAUAUAGCCUUCGGUCUUGUCCCGUGUCCAGGACCGUCAAAGCUCGAAGCUCGAAUACCACUCGAAAACCCUACUAGGUCGACAACAUGGACGCUGAGGUGGACUGGGGUAUGGAGGACGACUUUGACCCUUGGCAGGCUGGGUCAGCUCCUCAAGAGAAGAGCGAGCAGACAAAAGAGGUGAAGGAAGAGCAAGAAAAGCCAAGAGCGGUUGAGGCACCACCCAAAGCUACUGAGAAACCAAAAGAGGAACCCAAAAUCCAGAUUGAACAGAAGAAUGAGCAGAUUCGAACUGCCGUGAGCGAAGUCAAACCUUCAGUUUCAACAGAGACACCUUUACCCCCCGAUUGGAUCACCAAGAACUCUCGAAAGCAUGAGGGAAAAACGUACUAUUACAACACAGUUACGAAAGAAGUAUCUUGGGCCCGACCGAUGCCAGUCGAGCCCGAGCCAGAGACUCCACCUUUACCCACGCAGGACCUUCCCGAUGUCGAGCCGAUUCCUGGUCAGGAAAGCGUGCCGCGACGUGGAUCGUCUGUGGAAAAUGGGCAAUCGAGCGGCGAGGGUAAGAACAUUCCAGAGAACAGGCCGUCCUCCACUACAGAGUCGCCAUCGGCGAAGGUGGAAGCGGACGUGUCUGCGGACAGCAUGGGGCCAGAUGAUCCCACUUCCCCGCCUCGCCCAGAAUCGUCUCUUCCAGGUCAAAGGGCCGACGGACGUUCCCGACAGACCUCCAAUCAGUCGGAUCUUCGCAGGAACGGAGGUGGAAGGAGCGGGAGACGAAACGGAAAACGGGGUCGUCAGGGACUAGAUCGUCGAGAUAACGGCUACACCUUUUCUGGUCCGCCUGAAGGUAGCGGUCCUAGCAAUCGCAACUAUCCACCCUCAAGGAGUCUGGAUCCGCCUCUCGGUCCCCGGCCAAUCGUCGGGGAGAGCAGGCGAAGGGAUCAACCGGACGAUCUCGCUGACGAUCGAGGUUCGAGCAAGCGAAUGCGUGUCGACCCUGACAUCCGCGAGCCGGCAACGGUAGCACCAUCUGGAAGAGCCGAGAGCUCAGUAGCUCGUACAGCCUUGCCGCCGACUCAGCCUCGAGCGGACGGGUCUCCCGCCAACAUGGACAGGCGUGAUCAACAAAGCAGACCUCAAGAGCCUCGCGGACCAAGACAACCCGGAUUCUUGAGUGGCGUGAAUGCCACCCCCGUGAACAUGAGGACGUUCGGGGCGCCGGCUUCUGAAGCCGCAAAUAGGGAGAUUACGAAUGAGAGAACGAAUCGAAUACCUGAUAGGACUACACCUGCCUCGACGAGCUUUAAACCACCCCCCGUCGGUCCCGUUCCAAGAGAUUCGGAUCGGUCAUUCGGCGGUCGUCGAGGCGACUAUUAUAGACCUGAACACGAUGCAGUGUCUGAGCGCGCGGGCUCAGCUCGCGGGUCAACGUCAUCUGUCCGCGACCCACCACCUCAUAGAGAGACUGUCCAAGUACCGCCACGAAACGAAGAACGUUCAUUGCCGGAAGAUCUUAAAUCCAGGCUGGGACCUGUUUCAGUACCUAGAGAUUUCGACAGGGAAGAUCGAAACCGGUCUUCAGUCCGAAACGAAGUGGGACGGCCAGAAUUUGGGCGAUCAAACUCUCGCCAGGAUACGUCGACGCCGGAUAGACCGUACGAAGUCGAGCGCAGGGAAUCUAGGCCCCUUGAAGAAACGCUCCGCAUGGCUCGUUACAGCGAGGAUAGCCGUUCUGGUCGAAGGUCGCCCCCUCACCUGUCAAGGUCUGGGCCGGACAGGUACCCCUCGGAUGUCCGACAAAGCGGGCCAGAAAUUCAGCAUCGCGAUGGUCUGGCCGCCACCCGAUCUCACGAUGUUGUCAGCAGUGAUAGGUCCGGACCCCCACCUGCACCCGCUUCUACGACUCAAGCUCCAGCACGAGCUGUGCCUUUCGUUCAUCCUUCACGUGCCCAGGUUCUCGGCGUAGCCACUGUACCGUCCAGUCCAAGCCCGAUGGGACCUCCUUCGCACCCCCGCGGACCGCCAGCUCGUUUCGAUCGAGGCCCACCCAGCGAAACGUCCAGGUCGUCGGCUAAUGCCAUUCCAGUCAACGGUCGUCCCUCCAGCAAUGCACCCCCUCCUCUUGCCCGUGGAGACUCGGAUCGAACCGCAGCCGGUCGUCAAUCUGAACAGUCUCGCCAAGACAACGCCCGGCCGAUGUGGAGCAAUACCCCUCGGCCCUUGCCUAGCGGCUCGAGCUAUAGGGACAGGUCGAGCGGAAGGCGACCAGACCCGAGGCGAUAAGCGAAGAUCAAGACGAUGCAUGAACGGGAUCUACAAGUAUACGAUGAAUCAUAGCUGCAUCUGACACAUUUACAUAUUGUACAGGCCAAGCAGCCAUUAUAUUUUACGAUAUACGUGACAAUAUCAUGCGAUACCUUACGAA